AUGCAGCGUCAUGAGAGAAUUCGAUUUUUCAUCACAGAGCAAUGUCGGAGUUUAGACCCGACAUACAGAAACUAUUUCUUCCCAAAGCAGAUUCUCUUGGGAGACACACCGCUUCCUCUUAUAGAAGGAUCCAUGAUGACCUUCCGCAUCAAUUCUAAGAAAAAGAUCAGUUUCCGUAUUCGUCUCGUAACAGAAGAAGAGCCAUUGAACAUCGGAAUCCCAUUAACUCAAAUUGAAAGUAUUUCGAUCAAGGAUAAAAGUGCCGGACACCCCGAACCUGCCAUCAUAUUCUUGCUCAAGAAUGAAGCUCUCGAAAAAUUUGUUCGGGUUUGCAAAGAAUAUCUGGACGAUCCACUGGCAAAUGGAAAUCGACGAUGCAUGUCAAAGUAUCUUACAGUAAUACUCGGACAGGAUCAACAUUCUGGACACAACAGUCACAUUUACUGCAGAGUUAAAUUGAUGGCAAACCAAUUCACAUUUCCAUUCCGAACUGCCAAAAAAAUUCUUUUAAAGGAUGUCCCAAUUAUGUGGAAUAAGUUGUUGGAUGCAGAGCUGGAACGUCGUACAAAAACUGGAACUCAUCAUGAUAGAGAGCAAAUAAUUGCAGAAAUGGAUGACGCAGCAUGGGAAUGGUUCAUGACAUAUCUUCGGAUGAAAUGGGAACCAUGUCCGAUUGGUGGAUAUUGGUUUGCCAAAAACAUUCGAAACCCUGCAAACCGCGGACAACAAUCACUUCCUACAAAAGAUCUUCUUGAUGCAAAGAAAACAGAAAUCAUCCCAGGCGAUGAAUCGUCCAACGGAUCCACAUCUCCAGAAUCCACGUCUUCUGUUAAAGCAUAA